AUGUGUCUUCUCUUUUUGCCACCGGAACUUACGUUGCUCGUCACAAGCCAUUUGGACUCACCAAAAGAUUUUCUCGGGUUGCUACGAGCUAGCCGAAAGUUCUACAACCUCCUCAUCAAUGAGCUCUACGAAAGAAAUGUUCGCUCCGAUGGUGGAUCAGCUCUUUUAUGGUAUGUGAGUCGUGGGGAUGAAGUUGGAGUUCGGAAUAUGCUGCGAGCGGGGGCCAAUGUCAACCUUCGGCCACCAAAUCGGGCACAGUCGACGGCUCUUCUGCAAGCUGUUACCACCAAGCAUACCCGCGUCGUGCAGAUUCUUUUGGAAAAUGGGGCUUUGCCAGAUGCGGCCGACGCUCAAUCCAUGAGACCCUUGGCUUUGGCGACAGAUGGACGUAGCGACACAGCUAUCACCAAGUUGCUCCUAGAGUAUGGUGCCAUGGCCAAUUCAGUUGCGUUUGACAAACAUACCCCACUACUGAGGGCUGUAAGGUCAAACCAAGAGUCUAAAGUGUCAUUGUUGCUAAAUCAUGGGGCUGACGCACACAUCUUGGAACGCCGAACGGGGAUGAACCUGCUACACAUCGCAGCUUCAAAGAACGCUUCUCUCGGAAUCAUGAAGAUGCUGAUAGAUAACGGUAUACCAAUGGACUCUCAAGACCGCCAGGGGAGAACACCGCUUCAAGUAGCAGUUACUUAUUCAAGCACACGUGCUGUGUCUCUGCUACUACGUCUUGGUGCCAAUCCGAAUUUCAAGAAUGAGAUCCAGUUUUGGAAUGGAUGGACAGCUCUUUUCUACGCUGCGACCAAAUCUAGCAAUUCCAGGAGUGACAACAAAACCAUCAUUCGAACAUUGGUUAAGCAUGGAGCUGAGCUCGAUUCUAAGAAUUAUUCUGAGGAGACACCCCUACUUCAAGCGAUCUCUCGGGGAGCCAUCAAACAAGCGCAAGUCCUCCUUGAUUGCGGUGCUAGCAUCACGCCUAGAGACGCCAAUGGAGAAACUGUCCUCCACUUGGCUGCUUCGUCACGAAGCUGGUGUCCUAAUUUGAUGAGCCGGCUUGUCGGAAACGGAGCUGACGUGAAUUGUGCUGGCGGCGAAGACGGAGAGACUCCAAUCUUCUGUGCUAUACGAAACUCCCAUGACCGAAAAGGGAUAGAGUGUGUCCAAAUGCUUAUCUUUCUUGGAGCUGAUAUUCACUUCCGAAAUAGCUAUGGGUUAACACCUCUUUCCCUUGCUGCACAGAUGGGAUCUGUGGAAUUAACAAAAUUGUUACUCGAACGUGGAGGUUCUGCCAAUUCGGAAGAUCUAUACGGCAAAUGCCCUCUUCACUAUGCUGCGGAAGCGUAUUUCGGCAUAAUCCACAAGGUCGUCGCACUUCUCAUUCAAAACGGAGCGAAUGUGAACUCUCGGGAUAACUCCGGACACACACCCCUGCAUAGCGUUGUCGCCAAGGAAGGGGCUUGGGAAGCAGUUGCGGAAUUGUUAACGGCCGGAGCUGACCGAUACGCCAUGUCUAAUGAUGGCAAAUUGCCUCAUGAUCUGGUCCCUGAUGGCCCAUGGGCGGAAACAAAACGCCUCUUGAUGCGUUUUUACUUGCCGUGA